AUGUCAUCACGACAUAUUCUUCAGGGCCAUAAGAAUUGGGUAAACGAUGUCACCUAUUCAACAGAUGGCUGUCUUCUCGCGACGGUAUCCGCCGAUGGAACCAUCCGCCUGUGGGAUGCUGAUUUGGGAGUGCUCCAUACCCGAUUUCGGGGAGGCAUGGGCUGGCUCAAUGCCGUUUCAAUGUCCCCUCAAAACGUGUUAGCUGCUGGUUCUGCUAAUGGGAAUAUCUAUCUAUGGGAUAUCUCAACAAAAUCCCGACUCGCUGUCCUCGAAGGUCACAGUGGCGGCAUCAAUGAUGUCAUAUUCUCAUUAGAUGGACAUCUUCUAGUAUCUGGCUCCAAUGACCGUAAUGUGAUGAUAUGGCAACCCGCAGAAUUCCGCGAGCUUGCAACAUUUGAAGGUCAUACGGCUGCAGUUAAAGCUAUUAGCUUCUCUCCAACUGAGAACAUUGUUGUCUCGGCAUCGGCAGACUGUACAGUUCGGCUUUGGGAUACUGUAAAGCCGUCCAGGUCUAGUGGCCUGCCGCGACAUAAAGACACGGUCACUGCGGUUGCUGUCUCACCAAAUGGCGAGUUGGCGGCCUCGAUAUCUACAGAUGAUACUGUUCGUUUAUGGAGCACAUCUACAGGCGCACUAAUAUCUGUAAUUGACAGAGGCCCCAUUUUCAUGGACAUUGGUCUGGCGUGGUCCUCUACCGUUGGAUUCUCAUCUAACGGUCAGGAAAUAGUGGGAACUUGGGCCGAUGCCGCAAUAUACCACUGGCAAGCUACGAAUGGCAAUUUUACGGAGUGGUCAUGCUGUAAGCUCGAAAAGGGAAAAACAUUGAAGAUUGAUCAUGUCAGUUUUUUCCCCUAA